GGCGUCUCUAAUGUGGCGUACAACAAAGCUGCCUCUCAACGAAGGAAUUCAGAAACGAAAGAUAAUGACAAUGACGUCACAAAUCCACUGACCACAACAAACAUGGAGGAAUAUGCCCGUGAACCUUGCCCCUGGAGGAUAGUGGAUGACUGUGGAGGUGCUUUCACCAUGGGUGCAAUUGGAGGAGGGGUGUUCCAGGCUGUCAAGGGCUUCCGAAAUGCCCCAGCUGGUGCUGCACACAGGCUGAAGGGUAGUGCAAACGCAGUGAGGAUAAGAGCGCCGCAGAUUGGAGGAAGCUUCGCAGUAUGGGGAGGUCUCUUCUCCACAAUUGACUGUGGUUUAGUUCGCCUUAGAGGAAAAGAAGAUCCCUGGAACUCUAUAAGUAGUGGUGCUAUGACAGGAGCCAUACUGGCUGCACGCAGUGGGCCAUUAACCAUGAUGGGCUCUGCCAUGAUGGGGGGAGUUUUGCUAGCUCUAAUUGAAGGUUUUGGGAUCCUCCUAACAAGAUACACAGCACAACAGUUUCAGAACCCAAUUCCUUUUGCAGAAGAUCCCAGUCAAUUACCUCCAAAGCAGGACGGUCAUCAGUCGGCACCCAAGGGUCAGUUUCAAUAGAGCAACAGAGGAUAGCUGUUGACAUGACGACUCAAGUCCAGCAGGGAAGCACUUGGACUUAGCAGCAGGUACCGACAAUGAUGAGGAGAUGGAGAAAAGGACAUUUUACUUUGGUGUGAAAUCGUCACACUAUGUAUAAACUUCAGGUAUAAAAAAAAAAUACUGUGAAUUGUAUAAACCAAAUAUCAAAUA